CUGCUUGCAGCGGUUUUGCAGCGCGGUUCUUCAAAAUUGGCCGAGGUGGGUUUGCGCUGAGCUGGGCCUGUUGCACGCCAGUCACCGACGAUCCGACGGCGCAGUUUCUGGCGGCUGGUCAUCGGGCGCGUCGGCAUCCCUAGAGGCGGCCGGGUCCUGGAGGAUGGUCGAGGGUCGCGUCGAAGAGGCAGUCGCUAAACUAAAAGCGAGCAGGAGUGCAUAAGAAGGACUGAAAGAAGGAGGGGCAUGGGAACCUGGCCACUGAGUUGUUGGUUCAAGCUUCCGCAGUUGGUUGCAACUUGGAAGUCGCUGGCGACCCCGCCCUCUGCAAGCAUCGAGAUGGGUUGCUGCAUGGCGUCCUACCGGUCGCAGGCCGCCGAGCCGCAAUUGCCCCCGCACAUGCCGGAGCUGGAGGAGGUCCCUAAAACAGCGGAUGAGCAGGCCGCAGAGCCGCAAAUGCCCCCGAGCGUGCCGGAGAUGGAGGAGGUCCCUGUGCCAGCGGAGGUGCAGGCAGCGGCCAGGCGCGCCGCAGAGAUGAAGGUGGCGAAGCAGCUGGCCUCGGACCGCGCCAAGGCCGUCAAGAGGGCACACCGCGCGAAGGACAAGGCCGCGGCGGCCGCCAACGCGGCCAGGCAGGCGGAGACCAAGGCCCUGGCCUCGGCCGACAUCGAGAAGGAGUGGCUGGAGCGCACGCCGGGGGCCCGGGAGGUCGGGGCGUGAAGGGCCCGGGGAGAGGGGGGCGCGGCCGCCUGCGAGGCCUGCCCGGUGCACAACUUCCCCUGCGCGAGGGCCACACGCGGCGUGGAGGCCUGACCGGGGCGGAGUCGCGACGCGCGUCUGCGCCUCUCCGACACGCGCCGUUGCCCAAGGGGUAGCAGGGAGCCGGUGGGCUCGAUGGACUUUCCGGUGGAUAGAGAGUGCGACACCAUACGCGCUUGAACAUGCUCCUGUGCGCGCAGGCGUCCUUUGAUUAUACAGUGCGGUCCAUCUGCACUGGGGUCUUCAGCAAUGGGGUGUACAGCCCGCGCCGGGAGUAAUUCGAUGGCUCUCGGCGCGGUUUGUAUUUAGAGAUGUUUUUCGUUGCAGAAGUGCAAACCGCGCGAGGUACGCGUCUUGCGUUGCCCGCAUGAAUUCGUCGAGGUCGGCCUUGAUAUGUUCCCAAGCUGCACCCGCCUUUUUGAGAGCAGCUCCGCGUAGCUGACUGCGCUCCUGUAACACUUUUAGCCAGUACAGUAAGCAUUUCUUCUGAGCGCUGUGCUGCGUGCAUCGCUCCGCGUGGGCCUUGACCCCGGCGCUGCCCAGCGUAACUCAGCUCGCGCGCCCGUGCGCGUUCACACUGCAGGCCCUGCGGUCCUCGCGCCCGCCCUUUCGGUCUCUCCCCUCUGGCCCUCCGUUCCGCCAGCUGUGGAAUCUCGGGGGCCUUGCCAGCCUGGGCGACGUGCGGCGCGCGGCACACAGUCCCGCCGCCGGCAGUCGUGCAGAACGAGCACCGGCAGGUUGCCGCACGCGCUGCAGUCGCAGCUGGCCCGCGGCUGGCAUGCACGACACGGGCAGGCCCGAGUCUUCGACGCAGCGGCGGUGCCACGUGCAUGGGCGCCAAAGAGGGAGGCCCUCGUCGCCUCUCCGCAGCCGGUCGUUACGAAACAAUGGAUCCGCGCUCUGCAUUUGUUCCGCGAGGCGUCUCGCCCAUGUUCAGAAUUGAGCGCGGGCCUUGGCGCUGCUCAGCGAGAUGUGGAAGGCGAAGUUCGAACCCGACGUCGUCGGUCCAAACUUCCUUGCCGCAUCGCUGAUACUAGCAUGGGCGAAUGAAUCCUGUAUCACGCCUACUGCCGCGCGCGUCUGCCGCGCGACUCUCCGCACAGCCGUUUGGGCCCUGGGUGCUUACAGGCCCCUAGCUUCAUGUCGGGCGGCCGCAUGGGCAGCGGGGCGUCGGCCGCGGUGCCGGCGCGUAGCCCCGCGCCAGAGGCCGCGGAGCCGCAAUUGCCUCCGCACAUGCCGGAGCUGGAGGAGGUCCCUGUGACAGCGGAUGUGCAGGCCGCGGAGCCGCAAUUGCUUCCGCACAUGCCGGAGCUGGAGGAGGUCCCUGUGCCAGCGGAUGCGCAGGCC